GGCUCUGAAAGUGCUGUCGUUGUUGCGAAUCACCGUGUAAAAGUCAACUUUAGUACUUCAAAACGGAUUAUUCAACGACCUGCCGGUGGUGAUGCAGACAGGGAGUACACAGACGGGCCUAUUGAAAGCCGUGUCCUACUUUUGACCGUGUAUAAUGCACAAUAUCCCAUUACCGUGGACGUUAUCCAUCAAAUUACUUCGCGUCACGGACGUGUUCUGCGCAUUGUCAUUUUCCGAAAGACCCACGUCCAAGCUAUGGUAGAAUUCAAAAGCACGGAUGAUGCACGCACAGCCAAAAGGCAUCUUAACGGUGCAGACAUAUAUUCGGGGUGUUGUACCUUGAAAGUGGAAUUCGCGCGUCCUACCAGACUUACGGUUUCACGAAACGACCAGGACACAUGGGACUUUGAAAAUCCCAAUCUGCCUGAUUCAAGACGUCCCCGAGAAGGAGAUAACAGACCAAAUGCUUCUUUGCUGGGUCGUUUCGAUCGUGGGCAUCGAUUCGAAAACGGACGGGCUCAAAACGGCGAGGCUUUCACAUAUCAAGAUGGCUUUCCUAGACAGAAUUCAGUUCCCAUCAGUGGUCUGAAUGGGGCAUUGUUUGAUCAACUGGCUAUUGCAAUGCAUCCAUCAUUUGCAGGGGCUGCAACCACCGAGGGUUAUGUGCAAGGUCGUGCAGCUACGCCAUGUGUGAUGGUGUAUAAUAUGGACGUCGGUCAAAUGAAUUGUGACCGACUUUUCAAUCUCCUCUGCCUAUAUGGGAACGUGGUUCGCAUCAAAUUCCUGCGCACCAUUGCUGGCUCCGCGAUGGCUCAAAUGGGUGAUACUGCGAGUGUGGAUCGUGCAAUACGAAACCUGUCCGGUGUAUCAUUUUUAGGGAACCAACUUUUGAUUCGCCCAAGUAAACAAAUGGUGAUUGUGGAUGUACCGAAGCCGUUCGAGCUUCCAGAUGGCACUCUCUCAUUCAGAAACUACACCGGUUGUCGUGAGAACCGUUACACAACAGCCGAAAAAGCAAGUAAAAACCGCAUUUAUCCCCCGGCCAACACACUGCAUUAUUGGAACUGUCCACCGAACUUCUCCACUAAAGAAUUGCGGGAUAUAUUCGUUGAAUGUGGUGCCGAAGCCCCAGCUCGGAUAGCUGCAUUCCCUAGCACCAGCGAACGUUCAUCUUCCGGGUUAGUGGAAUGGAACAACACUGCCGAUGCCGUUGCUGCUCUCGCGUUCGCAAAUCACUAUUCUAUCCCCUAUCCAGAGGGUCGCUUUCCGUUUAUUCUCAAAUUAUCUUUCUCAAACACACCGGCACAGGAGCGAGGUCAUGCAAGUGCACCGCCAAGACGGUCCGGUACCCAAACGUCCAAGAAGUCAAUCAGUGCUACCGGUGAUGAUGAAGAGUUUCGCUGA